AGGCGAAGUUGAAUGAUGAGAUGAGCAGAGAAGGAGACGAGUGAGCGAGCGGAGGACAGGGAAAGAGACCAAGAGAAGACAGGAUGAAGCGAGAGAGGAACGUUGAAUGAAGAGGAGCAGGUAGGAGAUAAGGAGGGCAGAAGAGGAGAGGGUCAUGUGGUCCAAGAGGAAACAAUCUCUGCUGCUGCUGCUGCUGCUGGGCAUCUCUCUUGGUAGCCAUCUUGCGGAGGUCUCGCCUUCCUCUCGCCUCACCUCCAGCUGCCCCUGGUUCCUAGACUUCGAGGUGCCCCUGCUGGAUGAAGACUCUCACGAGGACCGCGUGCUGGCUCAGCUCUCCUUCCUCCAGCAACGGAACUCGACGUGCGAUCAUAAGCAACAAGCUCGCGUGGAGGUGCGAUCAGCAGCGCCUGAUCGUGAAGAGAAGGAGAAGAAGAAGCGGAGGACGCUUAGGGCAGGAGAGGACACAAAAGGGCGGUUCGCAAGCUCUCGGACAAGACAGGAGGAAGGGGAUGGAAGCAGGAGACCUCUGACGAGCUUGAGGCCACGCGAAAGGAAGCAUCCAUGACAUGGUUUACGUCAGGCGCUUUACGAGCCCGCAUUGUCAACCCACAACAAGCUCCUCCCCAGGGAGCCAUUGCUGAACGCGAACGACCUCUUGCUGCAGAAGUUCUGGAGCGUACGGUAUGCUUCACGCCAAGUCCCGGGACGAUCGCUCGCUGA